AUGAGAUCGACGCCUCCUGCACCAGAUCGACGCCGCCAACGAGAAGAAGCGCCUCCUGCACCGCACCAGAUCGAUGCUGUCACCGACGAGGAGAAGCGCUUCCUGCACCAGAUCAACGCUGCCACCGUCACGGACCGCGUAGCCGACCUCGAGGACGCCGCCUCCCCCGCCCACGCGGCUGCCACCGUCACGGACCGCGUUGCCGACCUCGAGGACGCCGCCCCCCCCGCCCCCGCGGCUGCCACCGUCACGGACCGCGUUGCCGACCUCGAGGACGCCGCCCCCCCCGCCCCCGCGGCUGCCACCGUCACGGACCGCGUUGCCGACCUCGAGGACGCCGCCCCCCCCGCCCCCGCGGCUGCCACCGUCACGGACCGCGUUGCCGACCUCGAGGACGCCGCCUCCCGCGCCCAAGCGGCUGCCCCCGUCACGGACGGCGUGACUCUCUUCUCCCCCUCCGCGUGCACCACUGUUCUCUAG